AUGCCGGUAGGCGGAGCCAAGUGGCUGGCCCUCAGGUAUACGGCAGGAGCUACCGGAGCUACCCCCAGCGCCCUCCUCUCUGAGAGGCUGUUGCUGGGAGCUGGUGGUUCUGAUACUGUUACUACUGCUGCAUCUGGAAGUGGCAGUGAACUGAGAGACACUGCUGAGAUUGAUCGCCCACGCUUACCGCCUGCACCAUCUACUCAGAGGCUCCUGCUAGAGUCUGCUGCGGGUACUGCGGGUGCUGCGGGUGCUGGUGCUGCGAGAGUGCCUGCUCCGUCGUCCAGACACCGUCAUCGAGAAGCCUCGGGACACAUGCACUUCAGCGGCUGGCGCGAAAAAGAAAAUUCUUCAUUAAUUCUAAAUCGCACAAAUCUAAUUACCCGGCCUACUGAUAACCUUCCACUAAAAGUUCUUCUUCCUCGUCGUGAUCACCAAACCACUCCUCCCUCGUCAUCGAAUCGCAUGCUGUCGAUAGCACAACGCAAUAUCUUACGCAGUGCAGCUGAGGCCAUCUCAAGAAUCGACUUAGGAGCUUUGAGAAAUCUGCGAAAAAGAAUCGCUCUACAAGCCCAACCACUACAGCAUCGGGCUUACUUUGGGGCUCUCGCUCUUCCGACCGGCACAAUUCAACCCCACCCCGAUGCGGUUCCCCUUUCUUCACACUCACUGGCAACACACAAUGUCCCUGCUACGUCAGCAUCAGUAGAUGAGGACUCAGUCGUUAGCACUGACUCGCAGUCCCACUCUCCCGCCUCCACAACCGAAGCUGAUGUUGAGGCUACAAGCGAUGAAAUCUCAAUUGCAGCACCCUACAAUUCUGACUCUCAGGGCUCAUCAGAACACUUAGCUGACGGCAUUGACUUACAUGAAACUUUUGUUUCUUCGCCUGCUGAUGAUGAAAUUAUUUUUGUUGAUGAAUCGGCAAGCCCAUCAGGAGAUCCGUCUGCCGGGGCUGUCGACGAUGUCAUUGGUAUUGGCUGCAUCUACUGA